AUGAAACUCUUCUCAAUCGCCAUCGGGCUCAUCGCCACGCUCUACACCACGACUCCUGCAGAAGCCAUCAAGGAAGUCUGCAGCAACGCCUGCGAAUCACCAAUCCCGUUCUGCAUCCAGGGAUACACUGCGACGCGUUUCAACGUUAAUACUCCCGACGAAUGCUGGCGAUGCUGCAAGGCUAUUCCGGAUGAAUUUGGGUGUUACGAUGUCUAGAUCUGAGGAAAUAGUCCUUCCUGUCCUUCUGUCCACAAUCAGCGCCUCUUUGAAUUGUUUUGUUUUCUGAAUCUACAGUAAAACACAACCAUGAAACUCCUCUCAAUCGUCAUCGGGCUCAUCGCAACCCUCUACACCGCGGCUCCUGCAACAGCCAUCAAGGAAGUCUGCAGCAACGCCUGCGGCUCACCAAUCCCGCUCUGCAUCCAGGGAUACACUGCGACGCGUUUCAACGUUAACACUCCCGACCAAUGCUGGCGAUGCUGCAAGGCUAUUCCGGAUGAAUUUGGGUGUUACGAUGUCUAGAUCUGAGGAAAUAGUCCUUCCUGUCCUUCUGUCCACAAUCAGCGCCUCUUUGAAUUGUUUUGUUUUCUGAAUCUA